CUUCAGAUAUAGAAUUGGGAUCGCCACAGUAGUUCCCGCGAUGGAUUCCCACAAAUCUCUCUGGUCUUCGGACACACUCAGUGGUCUGUGGCCUGUGGACCAGGAGGAAGACGCUUAUGAAGUGGAAUCGCUCAUACCGCUUCCCGAGCCGUACCCGUUCACAUGGAAAUUAAACGAUCUGAAUGCCAUAGUGGUGAAUACCUCCAUCUGUCAUAUCAACCACAAAAAAAAUGGCCACUUGUUGAAAGUAGUCUCCAAAAUUUCCUUACCCACCCCGCCAUACACUCUUGAGCAUGUCAAGGCAGCACAAACGGAACUGGUGCGGGAAUCCAUCAAGAGGAAACAGGAGACUAGUGACCUGCUCCGAUGCCAGGAGGAGCUUCAAGAUAGACUCAACGAGGAGGCCAAAGCUAGAGAACACUUGGCUCUGGAACUGAGCAAAGCUGAAGGCCUCCUCGAUGGGUACACAGACGAGAGAGUCUUUCUUGAAAAGCAGAUGCAGGAGAAAAAUGAUCUUAUCCGGCAUCUGGAGCAGGAGCUGCAGAGUACAGGUAACAGAUUGCAGGAACUGGAGCAGGAGCGGGAUCAAAUGCAGGAGGAGAAAGAGCUGCUGUCCCGCCAGAAACUCGCUCUGAAGGCCAGUGCAGCACCCGCCGAACAACGCUUAGUAGAAGCUGCAGUCGUUGCAGCUCCCAAAGAAGAACUCUUAGAAGAGACUGAGAAGCUGUUGAAGGAGAGGAUUGAGGUUCAGCGUCAAGCUGAGAAGGACUCUGGAGACCUUCACAAGCAAGUGAAAGUGUUGGAGGUGGAGCUUGAGGAACAGGUCAGCCGUAACAUGGAGAUGGAACAAGAAAAGAACACCAUUCUGGAAGACCUGCGUCAGAAGAACCUUUCCCUGGAGAAACAGCUGGAGAAGACCCGCAGGUUCUUAGAUGAACAGGCAGUUGAUCGGGAACACGAACGAGAUGUGUUUCAACAGGAAAUCCAACAGCUGGAGCAGCAGCUGAAAAUGCCACAAAGACAUCAACCUGUCAAUGACCAUCAGAGUAAUGAGGUGGAAAAGCUGGAGAGUCACCUGAAAGAAAAGACCGACAAGUGCAGCGAACUGCUGUUGUGUAAGGAGCAGUUCCAGCGGGAUGUUCAGGAGAGGAAUGAGGAGAUAGAGAAGCUCGAGUGCCGGAUACGAGAGCUGGAGCAGGCUCUGCUCAUCAGUGCUGACUCUCUGCAAAAGGUGGAGGACAGAAGACCUUCUUUUGCUGGGGCCAAAGGAGAAAUGCCUCUUGAAGCUCAGCUCCAGGUGGAAAGAGAGGCCAUAGACAGAAAAGAGAAGGAGGUCACCAACCUGGUGGAGCAAUUAGAACAGUUCAGGGAAGAGCUGGAGAAUAAAAAUGAGGAGGUGCAGCAGCUACACAUGCAGCUGGAGAUCCAGAGGAAGGAGUCUGCCACCCGUCUCCAAGAACUGGAACAAGAAAAUAAAGUUUUAAAAGAUGAACUUGAAAUUGCACCGCCUGAUGAGAGUUCAUCAACCGCUGGGACUACUUUUAGACAAGGAAAAAUGGAUGAUCUGUUAGUCUCUAAAGACCAGGAAAUCUUGCUUCUUAAUGAGCAGAUUAGAAAACUGCAAGCACAUCUUGAAGCUGCAACUGACAAGGUGAUUGAGGAAAAGAAUGAACAAAUGAAACAAUACAAGAGCCAAAUAAAGUGCUUGAAAAGCGACCAGGAACGUCUUAAAAAGAACAGUGAGGAAGAGAUUGAAAAACUAAAUGAAGUCAUCGAGAAACUUCAAGAAGAAUUGUCUCACAUAGAGCAGAAAGUAACUGUGAGCUUCACUGGCAUGUCUGAGAUCACUGAAGGCAGCACAUACCAGCCUGCAGUUUUUCCACCACUGGCAGGAUGUGCUGAUGCCAAUGUAGACAACAUGGUGUUAGAUCAUAAGAAACUUGAAAGGGAGCAACAGGUUUCCACAACUUUUUCGCAAGUAGCUCCAAGUUCCAUGCAGGACAUGGAAUCUAGUCUGCAACAACUCCGGGAAACCGUUCAAGAAAAAGAUCUAAAUCUGAAACAGUAUUAUGAACAGGUUAUGACACUGAAAGAAGAGACCAAAGUAUUGAGUGAGACUGUGGAGAGACUAAAACUAGAAUUGACAGAGAAAGACCAGAAUGUAAAUGAUACUGAAAUUUCCAAGAACCUUCCCGGUCCUAUAAGCCUAGAAACAUCGGCACAACCUCCUGCAGGUAGCAAGGAUGAGACUUUGAACAGUGAAUUGGAAGCAACCAAAGCAGAGCUAAAACAGGUCAAUGAAGAACUGGAAAAACUGAGAACAUCUUCGGAAAACACCAUAAUUAAUGAGUUAGCUGCCACCACAUCAAAAGAGGAGAUUGAUAUAAAUUAUAAAGCCAGUAUUGAGAAUCUGACUGAAGCUUUGAGAGAGAAAACUGCUCAGCACUUGGCCAUUGAAGCUUUGCUAGUGUCAGUGCAAGAGACUUCAGAGAAUACAAUUUCUAAUCUGCAGCACCAGUUGCACGAUCUUCAGAAAUCCAUUCAAGAGAAGGAAUCCCAGCUACAGGACCUAGGAAACGAUGCUCAGUUCCUUGAAAACCAGGAGAUACAGCGACUGAAUGAGGUAAUCAAAAGUUUGCAGCUGGAUAUGAUAAUGGUAGAAGAGAAGAUUUCAGAAGAAAUUAAGAAUACAACAAAGGCUGGAGAGAAUGAAACAACUCAAAAUGAAAUGUCUCUUGCAAAUGCAACAUCAUUGCAGCGGACAAUGGAAUCCGAUGAUGAAAAGGCAGCGCUGUCAAAAGAAGUUGAGGAUGCUAAGAAGGAGCUGAUGCUUCUGAAAGAAGAGCUUAAGCAUCUAAGAGAGUCUCAAAAACAGAGUGACAUGACUGGGGAAGAUGGUAGUAGACACUCAGACCAUGGUGUCAUUGAUCUAGAAAGAUCCGCACCUGAAAAUAAAGUACAAGCAGAAGCAGGCAUAGAAAAGACAUCUGAAGUAAAUGUGGAGUCACAGCUUCAAGAACUGAAGGAAGUUAUAAAGCAGAAAGAUUCAGAGUUGCUGCAGUAUGUGAACCAAAAAGAUGUGCUUGAUGACCAAGCACAGAAAAUAGAACAAUUAAAUGAAGAGAUCAGAAAACUUAAGCAGGAUUUGACAGAAGCAAGUUCUGAUCUCAUGAAAAAUGUCACAACAGAUUCAGUAAUUUCUAAAGAGAUGUUGGAAAACAAAGAAAGUGCUGAGCUGGAUCGAGCAAAGGCAGAACUUGCAGAAAAAGAAAUGGAACUUGCUGUUUUAGUGGAAGAAGUGACAAGACUGCAGAUGGCCCAAAAACAUGAUGCAGUGACCGUUAAAAGUGCCUCCACACAGGCUGAUGUUGCCAAAGCAGAACUGGCUGAUCUAGAGCAAGCUUUGAAGGAAAAGGCAGCAGAACUCUUACAAAGUCAAAAGUUGAAUGUAUCUUUGCAAGAAACUACUCAGGCUACUAUUCAUAAGAUGGAGAUGCAGUUACAAGAACUUCAAAAACUUGUUGAGCAAAAGGAUUUAGAAUUACAGCAAUAUGUUCAGCUAAAAGACCUGUACAACCUGCAGAUGAAAGAUGUUGAGCAGCUCAAUGAGGUUGUUAGAACACUUCAGCAGGAACUGGCACAAAGUGGUUCCAAUGUCCACACUACAGAAGCAAUUGUAUGCCGUGAUAAAGAAUUGGAAAAUGAAGAACUCGUGCAAGCAAAGGCAGAACUUGAGAAAACAAAAACGGAUCUGGCUGUCUUGAAGGAAGAACUUUCAAAAGUUAAUUUGGCUGAGAAACAUAACAACACAAGUCAUGGAAAUCCAUCUAGAGAAGGCGAAGCAGUACUUGAAGUGACUGAGCUAGAGCAAGCUCUUAGAGUAAAAACAGCCGAACUCAUCGCAAGCCAAGCAGUGCUUGCAUCUCUGGAUGAGACCACGCAGGCCACCAUACACAAUAUGGAGUCAGAGUUACAGGAGCUUAAGAAAUCUGUACAACUGAAGGAUUCAGAAUUACUGCAGUAUUUGAAUCAGCAAAACAUACUCAACCAGCAAACUAAAGAGAUUGAGCAUUUAAAUGGUGUCAUAGACUCUCUGCAAAAACAACUAGAAGAAGCACAGCAGAGGUCCUCUAUAAGGAAACCUGAAAGUGAUGUCCAUGAAGGCAAAUCCAAAAAGCUGGAGAAAGAAUUGACAGAACAAAUGAAUGGUGGAGAGACGGCCUUUAUUAAGACUUUAGAUGUCAAAGCUGAGAACGAGUAUGAGGAACCAUUCAGACAAAUGUAUAGUACUCAGGAAGGGAUACCCCCUCUAGACAGUGGUAAAAGAAUGUCUGAUGGAGAUGUAACGGCUGUUAUGGAGAACAAAGACCAGUGCGACUGGAUGAUUGAGGCUUUGAGAGACCAGAACACACAGCUCUUAGAAAACCAGUCUUUAUUUACAUCAUUUCAGGAGACCAUGCAAAGUACAGUAGACGGCUUGGAGACUCAACUGGAGGAACUUCAAAAGCUUGUAAAAGAGAAAGACAUGGAGAUACUGUUAUAUUUAGAAGAAAUUGAGAUACUCAAGGAGCAAGUUAGGGUCAAAACUAUUGAGCAUGAUGAGGUAUUAUUGGACAUGGAGGACUCACUCAGGGAAAAGGUGGCUGCAGCUCUUGUAAGCGAAGCCCAACUCAAAGCCAUUCAAUUCCACACCAAAUGUAUGCACACAGAUGACAGAUCUACUGCUCUGGUGGAAGAGGCCAAAAUAUUGCACACCUAUGGUUCUCACUUCUCUCAGCAGGGGGUGUCUGAAUCAAAGUCAUCCGUCCUACACCUACGACUGCUAGAACUAGAGAAGCAGCUUUUUGAUCUCCACGAACAGCUACAAGUAGAAAGACAUCAGGUUAUCCUAACUAACCAACUAGCUGCCGAAAAGGAAAAACAACUGGUUGAGCUGCAGCAACUCUUGAAGAGUACAAAGGAAAAACAGAGCAUCACUUGGCCAGCAACUGAAACACAAGCCAGAGAUGUUGCUCUCUUACAGGGAAGCACAGAGCAGUCAAAAGAAAAUACAAUGACCAACCUGGAACAUCAGCUUCAGAGGCUUUCUAAAGAGGCAAUGGCUACCAAAGAAGAACUGUGCCAUUACAGAGAGAUGCUGGAGAAAUUGAAAGAGGAACUGAUGAUAAAAGAAUCCAGUUUAGUCCAUCUGGAAGAAGACCUGAGAGAAGUUAAAAAAUGUCUCUCCAAUGCUGAGGAGAAGUUGGCAUAUUACAUGAAGAGAGAAAUUCAGGAAGAGGAGCUCCACAGCAUGUCAGAUAUGGAAUUGCCACAUGUGCGGAGCCCAGACUGGACGACACUGGAUAGGGCCACCUCCUCUUCACAAACUGACAAAAUCUCAAGUGUUAACAACAGCAACCAGACCUCGCAUGUUCCUAGGAAGCAUGUUGGGGUGCAGAAUGAGUUGGAGCCUGGGCACCUCAGCAGCUCUUCUGAUGAGGUGGCAGAAUUGAUGGAACAGUACACGGACAAGAUCGGCCAAAUGCAGGAGCUCCACGCUGCCGAGAUCCUGGACAUGGAGGCCAGACACAUUUCAGAAGCGGAUUCUUUGAGGAGAGAACAGUACACCGUUGUUCAGGCCCUCACAGAUGAGUGCGACACUCUGAAAGCCGUUAUUGAAGCCCUGAAAACAUCUGGAGGAGCAGGGGUGCCUGAAUCUGCCCUGUCUACAUCAUAUCACUUCACAGAUGCUGCCUCCAGCGAUGUUGCCACAGAAUGUGAUUGGAGCCAAGGGACGUACAAUGUACAGAGCUUUGACCAGUUAGCAGAAGGACUGAGGGGUGAUGGGGAUGAAAUCCAUACAGAGUUAAUUCCCAGCAAAAUCAAGGACUUGUUACGAGCCGUCCAUCAGGAGGGCAUGCAGGUGCUGACACUGACAGAAGCCACCAGCCCUGAGAAGGAACAACCUUUCACUGUGAAGACUCAUUCCUGGCACGAGGAGAAGAAAGCUAUGCUUGAAACCAUUUCGUCUCUGAAAGAUCUAAUUGCUAAGAUGCAGAUUCACAAGCACUCGGAGGGUCAUACAAGGCCAGGCUUCCAUGACCUCAGUCCAGACUGGAGAGGAGAGCUGCUGUGUGCGAUACAGGAAGUCUUCCAGAGGGAGCAAGAUGUCCUCAUGUCUGCUUUCCACACACAGCUGGCUUCAUUGGGCAAAUGUGAUGCAAAUGCACUACUUAACCAAAUGCAGCACAGGCUUCAGGAGCAGGGGAUGGAGCAAAUCAAUGCCAUGGACUGUAUACAAAGCGCAGACCGGCGGAGUUUGUUACUGGAGAUUCAGGAUCUUCGGGCCCAGCUGACCAGUCUGCACAACUAUCCUGGCUUCCAGUCACUGUUUCCUCUAAACACGGAAGCAGCUGGAGCACAUUACAUUCAGCAGGAGCAAGCCUCGCACUCCCAGGAACUCCACAUGCAGAUUAUGAGCAUGAAAGCAAAGGCCGGAGAGCUCCAGGAGCAGCUGGGGUCCGAGAGAGUCUUAGCAGCCGAAAUAAAGAAUGAACUUGCACUAACCAAGAUGGAACUUGAAUCAAAUCUUAAGCUGCAGCACAAGCAUUUUAAGGAGCUGGAGUCUCUCAGGAUGGAACUAAAGAAAAAGAGAGAGGAACUGGAUCGCCUAAACGAAGCACUGGAAAAUGAGCAGAAAAAGUGCAGAGAGCUACAUUAUGCGUUGGAGAAAGAGCAGACUAAAGGGAAACUGAAGGAGCUCCAGGAAACAGAGCAUCUGGAGGACCUUCAAAUACUUCUAGAGGAGCAGAAAUUGAAGAGUCUGGAGAUCAGCAAACAACUAGAAGAAGAAAGGAAGUUGGUGAAAGACCUCCAGGAACAGAUGGAGUCCGCAGAACGGGCGCACGAUGCAGCGAUGUCGCAGGAAAGGAGCCGAGUGUUAGAACUGCAGGUUUUCCUGGAUGCGGAGAAGGCGCGUUCAGCCGAGCUGAGUAGCGCUCUGGAAUGCAGACAAGACCUACAGACUCAUGUACAAAAUACAGAGACAGAUGGACAGUCAGGAGGACAAAAACCAGCCGAAGAAUUGCUGAAGGAACUGCAGAGUCAGCUGGAUAGUAAACAUAGUCGUAUAGUUGAACUGGUGAGUGAGGUUGAGGGUUAUAAGCUGGAAUGCAUUCAACUGAGGCAGAACCUGGAAGAAGAGAGGCAGAGUCUAAAGAAGGAGCUGGAAGCUGAGCAGGAGGUCUCUAGAGUGGCUGUAAUGCAGGUGGAGGAACUGACAGAUGUAUUGGAAGAUCUCCAGCGACAGUUGCAGGAGAGGGCGACUGAGCUCAGAAAACACCAGGCCGAGGAGAGACAACUGAGGGAAACCAUCCAGAGGUUACAGAACAAUGCACAAGCUAACAAGGAGAGCACAUCUGAAACAAGGGAACCCAAUCAAAGUUCUACUGCAGUGAGAAGUUCCCCAGACCUGGGGAGGAAUACGGUACAGUCUCAAGCAGAAAGUCUCCCGAAUCUCCUGUGUCCUGAUCCUUUGAGUGUGGUCAAUGGCGAUCCUGGAAUAGAAGGGACUUCUUCCAGCAUACACUACAUUAAGCAAAAGUUACAGCAGGUGGCAGCUAAACUGAGGCAGCUGGCAGCCAAAUCCAGCCAGAGGGUGCUGUUUGAGAGAGCCGACGAUGAGGAUCUGGCCUGGUCACAAAACAGCAUUCGGGAAAUUCUGUCUCAGCUGGAUCAUGUGGCUAUUUUGUCACUACAAGGACAGAAUUUGGUGUUACCAUCAGGAAUAUCAGCCAACACUCUGACAGAGAAGCUUCUUACCCAAAAUGCCGAGCUGACAGGGUAUGUCAGUAGGUUAACAGAGGAGAAGAAGGACCUGCAGAAUUCCCUGUUAAGACUGGAAAGUGAAAUAUCUCGCUAUAGAGCAAGUGGGCCGUCCAGAGACCAUUCUACUGUGGAUAACUCUCUGAACACGGAUGUGCUUUUAACAACGGAAAGAGAAGCAUGGGGCAGAGAGAAACUCAACUUGCACAAGUCUCUGAAGCAGGCAGAGGCUGAGCUGUCCAAAGUGAGAGCAGAACUGAGGAAUGAAAUCAUGCAGAGGGAUUUCGGUCGGGAGUCUGACAACACAUCCCUGAAAAGAGUUUAUGGGAAAUACCUGCGGUCGGAGAGCUUCCGGAAAGCUCUGAUCUACCAGAAGAAGUACCUGCUGCUCCUACUUGGAGGGUUCCAGGAGUGCGAGGAGGCCACGCUAGCCCUGAUAGCCAGGAUGGGUGGGCAACCAACCUACACCGAUCUCGAAGUGAUCACCAAUCAUUCUAGAGCCUUCACUCGUUUCCGCUCCGCUGUCAGGGUAACCAUCGCCAUUUCCAGGAUGAAAUUUCUGGUACGGCGGUGGAAUCGAGCGACAAUUUCCAUGACGAGUGGCACAAACCGGAACAGCUGUGGGCAAGGUGCGGGUAACGAGGUGAGGACAGACUCAACCUAUCACCCCGCCAGGAGCCUGGAGAGGAUUUCAUCCUGCCGCUCCCAAUCCGGCUUUAAUUCUCCGCAGUCCACUGUGAAUUCACAGAACAGGUACAUCUCUGCUUCUGAUGCGAGUCCCUGCCUUCAUCUCCAGCACUACGAUCCUGACAGAGCACUGACGGAUUACAUCGCUCGGCUUGAGGCCUUGCAGAAAAGAUUGGGCAGUGUGCCUUCAGGGUCUAGUGCAAACACAACACACUACAGCAUAAGAAGAUAAUACUCUCGCAAUAACUGGAUUGCCUUCUGUAAUAUUGUGCUGCUUCCGUUACCCCGUAUUGUGUUUUUUUGUGUGGGACCAACAUCCGCCCCGACAACAAUCUGACGUGAAGACGCAACAUCAAGCGGCCGAGAUUUUCUGUAUAUCUGCUUUUUUUUUUUUUUAUUAUAAAUCAGCCGUCAAUGACAUGUACAUUAUGUGGAUUUCUAAUUUAAUUGAUUAACUUAUACGUAUUUAUCAAGAGGGUGAGAGGAACUGUAUGUAUCAUGGACGGGGAGGUCCCGCCAGGGGGGCCGAAGCGACUGUCUCGUCCUCCAGCUUGCUGCGGCGUUGCAGACUGGACAUAUCAUAUGUAGAGACCUAUUUUUGUAAUGGUAGAAGUUUUGAAUUUUAUGGGUAUUUUGUCAAAGUACUGAAAUAAAUUUCAUCAUUUUAACAAUUUCA